AUUUUAGUUUACCCAGGAGUAGUUAUUCACUUUAAUUUGAAGAGCAAAGCCGGAACUGCAUGCAAAUAGUGUAGCCCGCUGCUGGUUCAUCACAUGAUAGCUCAAAAGCGGAUUUGCAGACAAAUGAAUCAACAUGGGAACCUCUAACGGAUGUCUACCCAACUUUUAAACUUUUUGGAACGUUCGCUCAGCCUUGCACCCAUUACAAUUUUUCGCCCAUAUCAAACACCUAUUUCUGGUGUUGCAAUGUUAGCCACGAAAUAUUUUUUCGAGUCACCGACCAGGACAUGCCACUGAUUAACUUUCAUGAUCUAAAGUUUAUAGACGUGCUAUUCAUCAAAAACAAUAAGCAGGAUAUACAUAAGGAAAUUAAAAAAAAAGUGAGAUUUGUGAGAGUAGUCGAGUUUCAAGAUGUCAGAGCGGACCCCUCUCCUCCACUAUCGCCUCUCCACCAGCGUCAAUGAAUCCGAGCUGCGGGCACCUCCGACCGGGCAGGUGCCGGAGGAGCACCCGGUCAUUCCCCGCCACCGGGUCUCUCACUCGAGUCAACCAAAGAAACUGUCCACUUUCUUCGGUGUGGUUAUUCCAACCUUGCUGUCAAUGUUCAGCGUGGUUGUAUUUCUGAGAAUCGGUUUCUUGGUUGGCCAGUCUGGACUGUACCAAGGCAUCGGCAUGUUUAUUGUGGCCUACUUCAUAAUCUGCAUGACUGUGCUGUCAGUAUGUGCCAUCUCCACCAACGGUGCACUUGAUGCUGGAGGGGCCUAUUAUAUGAUCAGCCGAGCGCUGGGCCCAGAAUUUGGUGGCAGUAUCGGAAUUAUGUUCUUCUUGGCUAAUGUGUGUGCCUGUGCUCUUUAUGUGCUGGGUUUAGUCGAAGCUAUUGUUGCCACUUUUGGAGUGCCAGAGGAUGGAGCGCUCGCCGCAACGUCCUACCAGAUUCUGCCAGCAGGCUACUGGUGGUCUCUGCUUUACGCCACAGUCAUCGCCCUGCUAUGUUUGCUUGUGUGCAUGGUCGGUGCUCACAUCUAUGCCAAAGCCACCUUUCUCAUCUUCCUAGUGGUCAUGUUUGUCCUGGGCACGAUCUUCAUCAGCUUUUUCGCUGUACGUCCUCGCACCAUCAUUCUGCCUAGUUCCGAUGACUCCAACCCAAUGGGAAAUGCAACGGGCCCCACCACGGCGAACUUUACCGGCUUCAAGUUGGAAACCCUUCUCGGGAACCUGUGGGCCGACUACACUGUGGAUUACACAACCGGAAAUCUGAUGACCUUUGCCACUGUUUUUGCUGUGAUGUUUAAUGGUUGCACUGGCAUCAUGGCGGGGUCCAAUAUGUCAGGUGACCUCAAGAAUCCAAGCUACUCCAUUCCACGUGGUACUAUAACAGCUGUCAUUUUCACCAUCAUCUACAACCUGCUCAGCGUUCUUGUGGCCUGCUCCUGUGAUCGGGUGCUGCUUCAAAAAGAUUACAGUUUUCUGAGAGACAUCAACAUCUGGAACCCCUUUGUCACCAUUGGAGUUUACUCCUCCACCCUUUCAGCAGCCAUGAGCAAUCUCAUCGGAGCCUCACGCAUUCUCUAUGCGUUGGCCAGAGAUGACUUGUUUGGUAAAGUGUUGUCUCCCGCCAAGAAGACAUCCAACAGUGGCAACCCCUGGGUCUCUGUGCUUAUUUCCUGGUUCCUUGUACAAUUGGUGCUGUUUUCUGGGAAGCUCAACACCAUUGCCAGUAUUGUGACCAUUUUCUUUCUGCUGGUUUAUGCUGCCGUGGACUUGGCAUGCCUCGCUCUGGAGUGGGCCUCUGCACCCAAUUUCAGGCCCACUUUUCGUUACUUUACCUGGCAUACGUGUGUGUUGGGCAUCGUGGGCUGUGCUGUGAUGAUGUUUCUCAUCAACUCGAUCUACGCCUCGGCCAGCAUCGCCUUUAUGCUGCUGCUGCUGCUGCUGAUUCACUACCUCAGUCCGACCUCCAGCUGGGGCUACAUCAGCCAGGCUCUCAUUUUCCACCAGGUACGGAAGUAUUUGCUCAUGCUGGAUGUGAGGAAGGAUCAUGUCAAGUUCUGGAGGCCUCAGGUUCUGCUGAUGGUCUCCAACCCUCGAAGCAGUGUAGGCCUCAUCACCUUCAUCAACGAUAUUAAAAAGAGCGGGCUGUACGUACUGGGGCACGUCCAACUUGGCGAUCUCAACACAUUACCCUCUGACCCUCUACAAUCCCAGUAUGCCUCCUGGCUGUCCCUGGUGGACCAUCUCAACAUCAAGGCCUUCGUCAACCUGACGCUGGCUGAUUCAGUGCGUCAUGGAAUCCAGCACCUUCUGUUCAUCUCUGGACUAGGUGGGAUGCGUCCCAACACUCUUGUCCUGGGUUUUUAUGAUGACAGCCUCCCAAACGACAAGCUCUCCACAAAUCAUGCUGCAGAUGUGGCGUUCUUCUCUCAUGAUCUUGAGCGGCGCCAAAAUCCGUUCCAUUUUGCUUCUCUUCGGUCCAGUGGUAGUGCUGCACAUGAUGGCGUGCAUGAUGGGAAGGUUUUGGGGCCCCAGGAGUACGUAGCGAUCAUUGCCGAUGCCAUGAAGAUGCUGAAGAAUGUGGUUUUGGCUCGUCAUUUUAACAGUUUUGACCGAGCACAGGCUCUGUCAGCGGCCUCCUCCUCUCCAGGGAAGAGUUUUGUCUUUGUCGAUGUCUGGCCAGUCAACCUUCUGCGUCCAGACAGCACAAGCUACGUGGAUACCUGCUCUCUGUUCUUGCUGCAGCUAGCUUGCAUUCUCAAUAUGGUCCGAGCCUGGCGCAAAGCUACACUGCGUCUCUUCCUUUGCGUGGAGGAAGGGCGAAGCGUGAGAGGCUUGGAGGAGAAGCUGGGACAGUUGCUGAAAGAAUUAAGAAUUAAAGCUCAAAUCUACCCCGUGCCCUGGGAUCAGCAGGUGGCACUACACUGGCAGCGCCAAGACAAAUUGGACAAGAGGCAAUCUUCGCAGUCCCCCAAUAUCAUCAAGGAAGAGAAGAAGCUGGAACAAGCCGAUGAGGAGGAUGAGGAGGACUACGUCAACAGCUUCCUGAGCAACACCGCACGCUUGGCUGAUGACUACCUGUCAGCUGUCAAUCAGCUGAUCCUAGACCAAGCCCAGCCAGCACCUGCUGUGCGCUUCCUGUAUUUGCCCCGCCCACCAGCUGACACCCUUCUCUACGAGUCUUACUUGCACCAGCUGGAGUUGCUGACUCAAGACCUGGGUCCCACUUUGCUUAUUCACGGGGUGACGCCUGUCAUCACCACUGAUAUCUGAACAUUCCACUUCCUGUCACAUGCAAUAAGGCAGGACUUCCAUGCUUUGUGUAUUCCUAUUGCUGUCUGGAUCUGGCUUGUCACUCAACAGCAGACUCGAUAAACCUUAAAGCCCUUAAAAUCCGAGAUACAACCGAGUACCACAAUAUGGACCAAACCGUAUAUUACGUUUGGUUUUGACUUAGUGAAUUCUUAGAGGGCCGUUCUGAGACAGUGGACAACCCUGAUGAUGUCUGCGGGCCUUCCGUUCCCCAGGUGUGUCAUAGGAUAUAGUUUUCAUAUCUAUGUUUUUACUGGAAGUAAAAAGUAAUGAUGAUUUUCAAUAGACAUGUGAAGCGUGGCACAAAGACACAGUAUAAAGCAAAUCUAAAGUAAACAAUGGGUAUAUCUCCUGAAUAUGAAGUAUGGCCAACCAGCAUGAAAUGAGACAAGUGAAGCUAGAUGGGAAUAUGGACUCUCAUCAAGAUAGGCAGCCCACCCUUCUCCCUCAUAUCAUUUCAUUCCACACUAGUGAGAGGUUUCCAGUGGUCAAUACAGUCAGAGCUGAAUUUCAAGUGUCCUCUGGCUUCCCCUGUGGCCUCUUUUUUUUUUCUUUCUUUCCAUUUUCAGACACGAGUAGAGAAGGGUUGCCCCUUAAAUUUCUUAACCUGAUCAUUCCAUUUGCCUUCAAAGGCUUGUUAACGAUCCCACGUGUGGAACUGGUCCAGCCUGGACAGAAAAUCUGACUGUUAAUUUUCAUUGCAGGUACACUCAAGAGAGCUGCUUUCCAUUUUAAAGGGAUAGGAAGCUUUCUGGAGGGUUUUUUGGUUAGUUUUUUUCCGCAGUUUUGUCCAUCAAGCUGCAUAGCUCACGGUGUUUCCACGUGCUGUGAUUCUCUGUGAUAUUAAGUUAAUUGCUUGAAUGUACUGUAUUUAAGGUACAUGGCCAAUUUUAGAAUUAAUUUUCCCUCUUGAGGUACUGCCUGAUCAGCUUGAUGAAUUAAGUGCCAAAAUAAAAUGCAAUGCAAUUGUAAUUCUUAGCCUUUUGCCACCAUUUUAACUGCAGUGUCAUCGCCAAGCAGCUAUUACUGAAGCACUAUCCGUAAAAUAAUCCUUGUUAGUCCGUCUCUUCCCCCCCAAAAAUAAAA